AUGGAGGUCCCAGGCCGCCAAGCCACCACCUCUGACUCCUGGAAAAGCUCCACAAAGAAUCAGGCUCAGGCCAAGCUCACCAAGCUUCAGGGACGCCAGCAACUUCCCCAGCAAGGCCCAAGGCUCCCAGCAGCAUGCCAAGGUCCUGAGUUCAAAGCAGAGGAGGCAGGCAGAGAGGGGAGCCCUGCAGGGCAGUGGGGCCAGCCCCUCUGGUAUACCAUGCUGCCCAUCUCAGGGCAGAGCAACAUGCUGAGUCCAAAGAACGAAGGCCCUCCCAGGGAGCACCCCCUGCCCACCUGCCAGGCCCCACACUCACAGGACAAACCCAAGACACCUGAGAAAGACCACAAGCAGCUGGCCAGGGAAGGCAGCACUGAAUGGGCCUCCAAACACCCAAGGCAAAGACCAGCUGCCAAGGAGCCCCCUAAGGUGGACUCUGGCCAAGAAGCCCCAGGCCCCAAGGGACCUCUGCCCACCCAAAACACCAAGAGCCUGGAGGCCCAGCCUAAAGGGGCUCCACCCACCCAACCCCCCACAAUGCCCAACAGGCCAAGAAGCCCCAGGCCCCGAAGGGGCCUCUGCCUUUGUCCCCCUAAAAAAAUCGACCAGAGGAUACCACCUGCAGGCCCGACCACCGCGGGCUGUCUCCUGCCAGGGCUGAAAGAGGAGGGGAGGGAAGGUGGAGAAACUCAGGCAGGCCCCUCUCCACUGUGGCGCCCCCUGUCGGCCCGGACGCUUGGAGAUCGCACUGGGGGUGGUGGGGAAGGGGGUCCCCGGCUCCCUCUGCCCCACCCUGGGGCCCUCCAGCCCUUCCUUUUACAGAUGGGGAAACUGAGGCAGGCGUCAGUGGGCGGGGCCACAGCCCGUCCUGCCCCUCAGGCCGCCGGGCCUUAG